AUGUUCUGGAUCCCCGUUCUCAAUCGCUUUGACGGCUACCUAGAAGCGACGACCAAGGAGUACGAUCUGCGAGGACCAGGUAGCAAGAAAGAAAAAGAUUCGGAUGGGAAAGAGAUCAAAGAGAAUGACUCCAAACGGAUAGGCGUCCAGGCCAACGACCUUGCCCCGAUCACCAAACCGAUGACCCUGGCUAUCUCCGGAUUCAUCAAGCUGCUGCUCGAAAAUUGUACCAAUCGAAAACUGUUCUCAUCCUACGAUCAACUCAACGACUUUCUCCUCACUACCGACACCGACGUGCUCCUGGCCAAUCUUCGGCUGAUCCUUCGCUCAGCCCAACAGUGGAGCGUUCACCAUCAAGACAUGAACGGCGGUUUCGGCAUCUCUCACUCGCGACUGCUCGACCUGCUCCAGAGUUGGUCAUCGAUCGGCGCAACAGAUAUAACUGGCCUCAGCUUGGUCGACCUCGUCCAACACACUCUUUCGACCUCCUCUCAGUCGGAGGAUGCCAACAUGGAUAUCAAUUUGAUCCCAGCCAACCCACCGCACAAUGCCCCCGAAGUCACCUUCCACUUCUAUCGCAAGGUUGACCCGAAGCCAACCACUCAGCCUACCACUGACACCAAGCCCGCCGUAGACGAAAAAGGCAAAGGAAAGGAGGUCUUGACGGGUCCAUCCACCUCUUCCUCCAUCCAACCCUCAAGCUCCUCAACCCAACCGGCUCAUGCUCCAACUACCCCAACCCCCAAAGGCUGGUCGAAAGACAAAUCUCUUGCUUCCCAGACUUCCCCCGCCCAACCCCUUGCUCCAGCGCCCCCAGGAUAUCUUGGCGGACCUCAUCGAGCAUCAUCAGCUACCGAUCGAUUGUCGAUUCAAGCUCUUCCACCGGAUCCGGAUCGCGAUGGCCCUCAAAAACUCUCUGGACGUUCGGCGAUUCGCCUGGUACGACUGUUGGCUCCGGCGAUCUAUACCCACACGACCGACGAAACAACCGCUAUUUCGAAAUUGUUCAUCUACGAGCCCGGUCUGAUAUCCCAACUCACCGCCGCCUUUGACGCAUUGGAAGGUAUUUCCCGAUAUCGAGGCAAGAUUGCUGAGGCUGCCGGCGCAGUUGGUGUUUCUGUUAGUCACGGUACCUUGAUGCAGGUAGUGCGCAAGAUGGCGAAGGAGCUCGAGCGCGAGCGAGCGGCCUGUAAAGACGAGUUUAUCGAUUCCCUCUUUUGCUUUCUGAGCUGUCUGCAGCUUAGCGUGUACGCUGGCUCCCUCCUUGUUGGGACCGGUGUCGUACCUGUACUCGUUGAUAUCUGUAAGAAUUCUCAUCUAAAUCAAAUUGGGACCGUCAUUCGAGCUGUUACCAAUCUGGAUGGGCUACUGUAUGGAUUCACCUUGGCAUUCGCCCUCUUCAACGGAGUCGAUGGGCUCAAGGUGUUUGUUAAUCGAAUCAAGGAAGAGGUCGACAAAGCGAUUGCCGAGCACCCUAUCGACAUCACAUCAUCCUCCAAACCAUCUGAGUUGCUCAUCGGAAUGCUCUCACACUCAUCCGCCGGCCUUCUCAAGGCUCUCUUCCGCUCGAUCCAGCGCUUGCUCACUCCGGCUGGAACUUUGGAAAGCGUUCGCCACUUGACGGAAACCCAACUGCCUCAGUCGAUCAAGCUGAUCAUCCAAAACAAGGCGGUAUUCGGUUACCAGAUCUAUUCCCUGGCCAUCAACAUGAUGUCCACAUUGAUUCACAGCGAGCCGACCUCCCUCGUAAUUCUUCAAGAAGCAGGCUUGCCUGAAGCCCUCUACGAUGUGAUCGACAGUGGUAUCGAACCGGGAUUUGAUAUGAUUGCGGCUAUACCAUCUGCUCUUGGCGCUCUAUGCUUGAACGAGGUUGGUUUACAGCAGUUGAACGACCGACAAGCAAUCCCGGCUAUCUUCUUGGUGUUCACGUCUGAAAGGCACGCCCGGAUUCUACGGCACAGGGACCACGCUUCCGUGACGGUCCUCGAUGCGACCUUGACUUUCUUAAACGAGAUAGAUCGCAUUGGAAACGCCGUCGAUAUCAAUACAAGCCAAGUGGCGAAUGUCCAGUUGAAGCCUUGCCCCGAGGAAAGCUCACAAGCUGCGAUUGAAGGCCCCCCAUCGUCUGAUGCGCAAGCUCCCGCCGCGCAAGCCCCCGCCGAGAGCAACUCUCAAGAUGUGGUCAUGAACGACAACCUAACUGCACCUGCCCCAGCCACUACUCUCUUCCAGUCGGCAACCGCUAGUGUUACCAAAAAAGACAAAGAAAAGGACGACAAAGAUCAUUACGCAAAUAACCUGGUGCUUCUAUUGAUUGACGUCGCCUGUAGGUUACUCGAAUCGAUGCUGCAGAACGUGGCGCAUUGCCAAGACUUGAUUACCCUGGGUGCCUUGGACAAGUUAUUGGGCCUCCUCCGAUUGCCUUCAAUACCGUACGAUUUUGCCACUACACCGGCCGCCGAGGCGUUCAGCUCAGCCAUCAGGGUGGUUACUGAAACCUUACCCAGUGAAACACUCACGGUUGUGAUGAAGCAACUCCGGUCCGACCUGAUGGAAAUCAAACCGUUCUGGCAAACCCUCCGGCCGGAGUCAGAAAUGCUGAAAAUGGUUUCAACUACUUCCGCUGAUGUAGACGGCCAUAAUCAUCUUUUUUGUCGUCUGAUUUCGAUCCAAGCCUACAUAUCGUUUUUGAGCAACAUCUGCGUUGCGAGUGGCUACUCUCACACCCGAACCGCCGCCGGAAUCCUUGCAGUGUUCAACAACCCCAAAGAGUCAGAAACAGUGAUGAUCUUGGGUGCCCUGCAACACGUGGUCUUCUGGGAGCACAUCCUGAUCAAGGCAUUUGCUCCCAAGCCUUGGUCCAAUGGGACUACACCUGCUGCCGGCUUGACCGCGACAAGCGCCCCGAUCCCUUCUUCGUCAUCAGGCACUGUAUCCAUUCUGGUCCUUCCUUCAAUUGGAGACCAAAGCCAGAUCAGUUCUAUGCUUUUCUUCUUAGCCAAUGCCAUCUCGAAUACCGAAGCUGCCUCGAUGACAUCCGCUGGCCGCGCCGACACUAUCACCGGAAAGGCGACCGAAAUCACUGGGACUCCCGCCUCCAAAUAG